GGGCAGAAUGAAAACUCUAUUUCUGUUAUCACGAAUGAAUACCUUACAUGGGACGAGUUGUUUAUGUGCCUCUGUAACGAAAAUCUUCCUGAACAGCUCCGUGCCCUUUGCUGUGACCUUAUCAUAACACUGUUUGUAGACAGGGGAGGGAACCGCUCGGUGUUGGACAGAGUCAAACUAUGCUAUGUCUUUGAUGACGUAGCCAGUGACGAUGAACCUGAAAUCCUCGCUAGCAAUAGCCAGUCUGAAACAUACAAAUAUUUCCCCCACCUCAGUCAUUGGAUAACAGACUUCCUCAGCAGGAACACAGAAAUGACGGCAUCAAAUAUCGGGAACAACAUUCUCAUAAAACAGGUAUUGAGACUUGUGUAUUACCUCGUGUCCUUUGGAUUCUACGGAAAAUAUGAUGACAUAAAGAAACUGCUGGAUCCACUUAUGUCACUUCUUGAUGGUCGAUAUGACAAACCGUAUCCAAAUAUUGAAGGAAAGGAGACAAUGGAAGUUCUGUUUUCGUUUCGUCAAAAAGAUAGAUUUAAACCUAGUCCAGAAACGAAGGCGAUAGUUGAGGCUAAAAUUCAGGCUAUGGAGGUUCUUGAUUUAUUCUUCAACUUCAGGUUCAAUAACAGACUGGAGAAAUUUAUCUACCUAUUCAAAAUCGUUCACCAACAAAUGAAUAGGCCAGGAGGGGUGUCGGAGUUUGCUCCUUUGAUGAAUGAGGGUUUUGAAUUGGAGAAAUACACAGGGUAA